AUGAAUUUAUUAAUUAAUAUUCAAGAUUAUGAUGAAGAGGAAAUUAAAAGAGCAGAAGCAAGAGAAUUAAAGUGCCCAAAAGUUACCGAAGAUUGUUAUAAAAAUGGCUAUCAUCCCUCGCGUUGGGAAUUGGGACAGGUGUUUUUAAAUGGUAUAUGGAAACCCUUUAAAUUAAACAGUAUUCUUACCUAUAAAAAAAGAGAAAGGCUGAAACUAGAGACCAAUACCGUUUGUCCUGAUGCAACCCUGCUAGAAGAAGGGACCGAGAAUCAAGUUUCCCUCUAUGACAAGUUUGAUAAUAUGCCUUGUGAUAGACCAAUGUAUGCAGAUUGCUAUAUAGUGUAUAUGAAAGAGAUUCAUCCUGCCGAUGAGUGGUAUAUCGGGGGUGAUAAAAUUUCACUUUGCUAUAAACAACCUACUACCAUGCAACAAAGAUUAGAAAUUGUCAAAGCCUUAAAAGAAUAUGCUCCAUUCGUCACCAUCCCCUUCCUUGUUGACCUAAUGGACAAUAACUUCAAUAAAGUUUAUGAUGCAGUCCCAGAAAGAUUAUUUAUCCUUGAAAAUAAACAAUUCAAAUAUGUAGGUGGUCCAGGUCCCUUUGGUUUCGUUCCCGAAGAAGUUAGAGAGUAUUUAACAAAGAGAUUCAAACCCGAACAAACCCGACAAUCCCUCAAACCGGAAACAUAA